GACCUGUUGCCAAACUGAUCAGUUGUCAUAAGUCAAUAAGUCAUAUUUUUAAAGGCACUCAUUUGAAAUAGUUCUAUAACAGCGUUCAGUUGCUCGAUCAUUGGGGAUCUUUUAUUUUUUUUUUUUAAGCAUGGCUUUGUUCGAUGUAAAUAUCAGUAACAUUACUUUGGAGCGUGCUCAGUCGGAAGACGAGCCGCGAGAUGAGCGCUUAGCUUAUGUGGAAAUAGCUCUCCUGUCCAGUAUUUUCAUCACUGCAGGAAUGCUGAACUUCGGGCUUCUUUUAGUCCUGUGGAAGCGGAGGAAGCAGCUCUCCAGGAUGCGCGUCUUCGUUUUUCACCUGUGCGUCGCCGAUCUGGUGGUGACAUUCUUUCAAGUCUGUCCCCAACUCAUGUGGGAUAUCACUGACCGGUUCGUCGGCCCAGAUAUAUUGUGUCGCUUGGUGAAGUACCUGCAGGUUGUCGGGAUGUUUGCUUCUACUUACAUGAUAGUGGUGAUGACGAUAGACCGAUAUCAAGCCAUCUGUAACCCCAUGGUGACCUUCCAGAGGCGCAGGGCUCGCUGGAACGGCCCUGUGAGCGCUGCCUGGUGCGUCUCUCUCAUCGGCAGCCUCCCACAGGUUUUCAUCUUCUCACGGGUCGAGGUUGCUCCCGGCGUGCACGACUGCUGGGCACAGUUCAUAAAGCCGUGGGGACCGAGAGCCUACGUGACCUGGACGACUCUGGUGAUAUUCGUUCUGCCCAUUCUAACGGUGGUCGUGUGCCAAGUGCGCAUCUGCCGAACCUUGCAUUUUAACUUUCAGAUGAAGACACAUCGCGAUGGAGAGGCGACCAGUAAGCCGCUGCAUUCAAGAGCCAGCAGCGUGGCCGGAGUUUCCAAGGCGAGGGUGAAGACGGUGAGAAUGACGGCGGUGAUCGUGGUCGCCUACAUCAUCUGCUGGACGCCUUUCUUCACCGUGCAGCUCUGGUCUGUUUGGGACGUCGAGGCUCCCACACAGAGUAAGAGAAGAGGCUGCAACCUUCACUAUCUUGAUGCUGCUUGCCAGUCUGAACAGCUGUGUGAACCCCUGCAUCUACCUGCUCUUCAGUGGGAAGCUUCCUAAAAGUCUGCGGGCCCUUAUGUGUGCGGGUGAGCCCAAUCUGAAGGACUCCAUCCAGGAUGAGGCCACUAUGGUCAGCUCCCUUCACAUCAGCCUCAGGAGCAAGUCAGACAAUCGAUAAAAUAAUAUCACUUUCCUAACCUCAGGUUGUUAAAAUGAUUGAGUGUGAGUUAUGUGGGACUUAAGGUCUUUGUAUUGUUGAGAGACAACAUUGUGGCAUUACAUGGCUAUUUCUGACCACUUCAAUUCAGAAACCACAUCAAAAAAUAGAUCCUGUUAUUUUAUCAGAUAUACAAAUGUUAAGGAAAAGCAAUGUAAUGUUUGGGUCAUUGGUUUAUCUCACAACUUAAAUUUGUGAAAUAAGGGAUACUUCUAGUAAUGUAUGUAUUUUGCAGUGAUUUAAAAGUGGAUGUGACUUAUUUUGUGUAAAUAUGUAAUACUUCACAUAUGUCAUGUGUCCUCUGAAUAUGAAUCCUCAGGCUAUUUUACAGACAAAUACAUGCAUGUUGUGAGUUUCUCAAGUAUCUCAAAAUAUGCAGCAAAACUCUCACUUGUAAAUGUCACUCGUUUACAUGAAGACUUUUCCUCUCAUCCCUGAAGACCUCAGAUGUGCUGCCCUGCCAAAUAAACUGUUGUCUUGUUUUCUUACUUCCCAGCAGCAGUAUUGGAAAGGGCUCAGCCGCAUAGAUUUCAGUUUUCAGUUCAUGCUGUACUUUUGAAGACCAC